GAAAAAUUCAAGACUUUGGAAUGAGAAUCUUUCCAGCCUGUGACGGACCAACCCGUGGUAUUUCUCAUUUGGCUUUUCGAGACUUGAGGGCAAGCUCUGCGCAAUCAUCAACCCGAUUACCAGUCUUGACAUUGGUACUCCGUACGCACGGCUGGCUCGACAUAUUGUCAACAUGCUGCAAGCUGACCAACGGAUACUACGUCGGCAAUCGCCGUCUGGCCUUGACAGUUGACACCGGGAGCCUUUCCAUAAUUAGCGUCUCCCCUUUCGUGUUCUCACCUGGUGGGCUGCAUCUACUUCGUAUCGCGCUUAGGAUUAGGGGGCUUACUCUCGACAAACAAUUCCUCCCCGACCGGUGUUGUCUGCAUACUUUCCUCUCUCCAUUAAUUUUCAAGCGACAAGCGAGAGCGAUAACUUCUUUAUUCUUGUAUUUCUGUUUCCCCUUUCUUUUCUUGUAUCACUCAUCCUUGCCCACACUCCGCCGUCAUGAUACCGGAUUCCAGCAAUGUGCGGAAAGCUGGGACAUCGCGGUUGUUCGUGGCAUGGAGCCAUAUUUCCACCAAAGCGAUCAUUUUGUCAUUCGCUAUUUUCAUUCUGACAUUAAAUCUCCUCUUUUUUGCAUCCUCAGUGGCAGACACACAUAGUAUAUCGCCGCGCCCUCCAGCAACAGAUGCUCCAGCAUCAAACUCUCCGGCAUCAGUGACCUGCGACACUCCCGCGACGACUGAACAUAGAUACAUUCCCAACCACGUCCACUUUGUGUUCGUUCUCUCAGACCCCGAAAAAGACUUUUCGUUCCAAUUCAAACACUUCCUCUCCAUGUACGCCGCAUGGUACUACUGGAAGCCAGACGUCAUCUACCUCCACACCAAUGCCGACGAACAGGGGCAGGCGAUAACACGAGCACGCGAGGGACAGUCUGGGAAGUGGAACAAGCUCAUUUUCAACAUGUUCGAUAAUCUCCGUAUCAACACCGUCGAGGCACCAACGCAUACGAACACCGGCAAGGAAAUCCAAGGCAUGGAGCAUAGGUCCGAUUUCGUACGAGUGAAACAAGUGCAUGAGCUUGGUGGGGUGUACAUUGACUUCGACGUCCACGCGCUGCGAGACAUACGCAUCCUCCGAGAAAGCGGGUUCAAAGCGAUUGCUGGCAGGCAGCUAGGCGGCCAGAUCAACAGUGGGAUUUUCAUGUCCGUCAAAGGGGGGAAGAUGGUCGAGCGAUGGAUGCACGGGAUGCACACUGCCUACACAGGAGGCUGGACGACGCACAGCAACGAGGUGAUCACGAAAUUUGGACAGCGUCUCGUCCGCGAGCCAGGAGAGAUGCUCAUCAUGGAGCGCGACGCCUUUGCACCUGGCAGCUGGGAAAAUGACGAUACGGACAAGCUCUUUGCGCCACACGACGAUGUGCUAUCCAAUUUCGCCAACGCGACUGAUACUAGCCCGCUGCCGACGUACGACGAAGCGUUUGACGAGCGGUGGGAGACGCCUGGAGACUUUCCCGACUGGGCCCGAGACUGGUCGUCUACGUAUCUCUUGCAUGCUUUUACGGCGGCUCGUUGGGGUCAUAAAGUCCCCAAUUUCGAAAAGAUCACACCACUAUAUGUGUUGGAGAGGAGGAGCAACUUUGCGCGGGCUGUCUAUCCUGUUGUGCGGCAGAUGCAUGAGGAUGGUCUAUUUGAUGUAGAUGAUUUAUCUUGAGGUGCAUAGGAAAGAUUCUUCGUAUCUCGAGUUCGUAAUACAAUAUCAGUAAUAAUUGGACAAACGCCUCGCUG